AUAGUUACCAUCAGCAGGCUUGGUUGGUUGAACAAAAUGGCAACGUAUGGUGAGGAGCCAGUCGACAGCUACUUCUAUUCAUCUUACAACCCCUACCUGGGCAGAUACCCCCGGUCCAGGGACGCGGGGUGGAAAUACAAAAGUUACCUCUCCCACUAUGGAGACUCUUCUGACGCCUUCAACAACCACCAACGCGCCCGGCUGAAGUCCAUCUUAUCCCAGAUCAAUCCCAAACUCACCCCGAGGCUCAGGAAGGCGAACACCAAGGAUGUGGCGGUGCAGGUCAACCCGAAGAAGGACGCCUCGGUGCAGUGCUCCAUCGGCCCGCGGACCCUGCUGGCUAUGAAGCGGGACUUCCAGCGUAAGAGGGGGCAGGAGCCCUCGUCGUCCGGCGGCCUUGGGAGCCCCAAGGUGGCGGGCGUUGUGCGUUACCCCCGCACCCUGGCCGUGUAUUCCCCCAUAGCGUACCGGAGCGUCACCUCCUUCCUGGUGGAUGAAAACAACAACAAGGAGGCCACCUGCGACACGGAGCCGCCCGGUGACCCGCCAGCGGGAGACACCGAGGGGAAGAAGGACGAAGACAGCCAGGCUAGUGAGGACGGAAAGACCGGAAAGCUUCCAGAGCAGAACAAAAAGACCAGGACCAAGCAGCAGGGGAAGACUGGGGAGGGACAGCCGGCUGCAGAGGAGUCAAAGGGCAGGUCCAGGGUCCGCUUCCAGUUUCUGGAACAGAAGUACGGAUAUUAUCACUGCAGAGAAUGCAAUCUGCGAUGGGAGAGUGCCUAUGUGUGGUGCGUUCAGGGCACCAACAAGGUUUACUUCAAACAAUACUGCAGGAAAUGCCAAAAGGACUUCAACCCGUACCGUGUUGAGGACAUCACAUGUCAUACUUGCAACAAAGCACGCUGUUGCUGCGCGCUAACACAACGGCACGUCGAUCCCAAGCGACCCCACAGACAGGACUUGUGCGGCAGAUGCAAAGGCAAGCGUCUCUCCUGCGACAGCACAUUCAGCUUCAAAUACAUCAUCUGAGCAGCAUCUCGGCUAAACUUUGCUCUGUAGCUCAUCUACACGAGUCCUGUGUGGGACAUCUUCAGCCCAGAUGUCAUUAUCAUAUCAACAGAUGUUUGAUGUUUCAGUACUUUAUUUCACACCUGUUUUGUGUUGAUGAAAAUAAUGGUAAGCACCACACGCUUUAGUGUAAUAAAUGGCUAUCUUGCA